AUGCUUGGCAGAAGACCUAAAAAAAGUCCUCAGGCAAAGGGCCAGGGAGCUGCAGUUGCAAAGCAGCUCGGGCUGUUUGUAGAUUUCAACCCUGAAGAGAUGCUGCUGGGUGCAGAGGAAGGUGGGGAUGAUGGGGACCUAGAAGCAGAGCUUGCUGCCAUCACAGGAUCAAAGGUGAAAGAAGAGAAAUCAAAACCAAAAGGGAAAACUCCUCUGCCCAUGGAUCAUAUUGAAAAGAUGGCUGCAGAGUGUAUGAAGGACCUGAAUGAAGAUGAGGAGGAAGAAGCAGACGAUGAAGACUUGGAGGAAGAUACAGACCUGUUGGCAGAAUUGCAAGAAGUUCUAGGGGAAGAACGUGAGACAGGAAGCUGUGAGGAUGAAAAGAUAGCCCUGGAGCCAUCCACAGCUGAAACAGAAAAUGAGGAACCUGAACUGCAACCACAGACCACCUCACUUCCUGCUGUCACCAGUGAGCUGCAACAGACAAUAGAGAAGAGAAUUGCUAACUAUAGGACAGCAAUUUCUAACGCGAGGGAGUCAGGAGAGAGUGCCAAGAUACGCCGAUACGAAAGAGGCCUUAAGACACUGGAAACCAUGCUGGGUGCAGUGAAGAAAGGCAAAAAAAUCAGUGAGGAAGAAAUGCCACCUCCUGUUGCAACAGGAAAGAGUUCUUCUCACUUAUCUCAAGCCACGGGAGUUGAGCUAGAGAAUUCAGGAGAUUUAGUCGAUGUCCUGCCAGAGAAUAAAGCUGAGUCUGGUGCAAAUGAUGAGGCAGUGCAGCAUCUGGAAUCAGAGUCUCUGCAGGGUCAUGCUGCUUCUAGUCCUGCCGUGGAAACAGAUCUCCAGAGCAGCAACACACGAGCAAUGCUACUUAUGAGGCAGAAGGAGUAUAAAUUAGCAGCUCUAAAAGCCAAGCAGCAAGGGGACCUGGAGAAAGCAAAGGAAUACAUGAGGGCAGGCAAGAAAUUUAAUGUGGUCUUAGAAGCUUUGGACAGUGGGCAGCCGAUAGACCUCCAGAAUAUGCCUCCGUCUCCUCAGGAUCUUGAAAGUGUAGGAAACGUACACGAUGCAUCCAAGCAAAAGGUACCAGCUCCAGUGGGAAGUUCCCAGGACCUUACAACAUCUGAACCUCACACUCAAGAAGCUCCAGGUUCCCUGCAGCAGCCGAAAACAGUGCUGGAAGCAUUGCAGCAAAGGCUGGAGAAGUACAAGUCAGCAGCAGCACAGGCUAAAGCGAGUGGGGAUGAUCGGAAAGGCAGAAUGCAUGAGAGGAUAGCCAAGCAAUACCAGGAUGCCAUAAGGGCCCAUAGUGCGGGGAGAAAAGUAAAUUUUUCUGAGCUACCUGUUCCUCCUGGAUUUCCCCCUCUUCCUGGUGUUGCAGCAGUGGAUGGUGGCAACACAAUAGCUGCUGUUCUGGAAAGUGCCAGCAAGCUGGCACACAUGGAAGAGAAUGAUGAAGAGGAGGAGAAUGAAGCUCUGACACAGGCCCCAGUUGCCAAGAAGCCUGCUCAGCUGCCUGGAAAGCCGACUCAAGUUGUUAAGCCAAUUACAGUUCCAUCUGCUGUAGCUGAGGAGGAGAGCUCUCCUGAGAAUGUGAAACUAGCUACAUCACCUUCCACCCUGGAUAAGGCAGAGGCAAUGGAUCAUCUCCCUCCAGCUGCUAGGGAACAGCUGGAAUUUCUGGAGAACAGAAAGAAGCAAUACAUGAAGGCAGCCAUCAAAGCAAAGAAGGAAAAUAACCUUGAACAGGCUAAGAUGUAUCUCAGAACAGCUAAGAGCUUUGACCCAAAGAUUGAGCAAGCAAAAUGUGGCAAACCCGUUGAUAUUUCCAAGCUGCCAUCACCCCCUACAGAUGAUGAGGGUGAUUUUAUCUUCAUACACCAUGAAGAUGUCAGACUGUCUCAGAAAGCAGAUGAAGUAUAUGCACAGCUCAUAAAAUUGCUGAAGGACCAGCAUGAGAGAUGUUUGCAGUAUUCCAAGCAAUUCAUGCAUCUGGGCAAUGUGGCAGAAACGACUCGGUUUGAGAAACUGGCGCAAGGUUGUAAAAAGGACAUGGACAUCCUACAGCUUGCACGAGCACAAGGAAUGGAUCCUCCAAGCCAUCACUUUGAGGAAAGAACCUUUAAAAUGAUAAGGAUAUUUUCUGAGCUCAACAGCACAGAAAUGCACCUUCUUAUCGUCAGGGGUAUAAACCUACCAGCUCCACCAGGUGUAUCACCAAGAGAUUUGGAUGCAUUUGUGAAGUUUGAAUUUCAGUACCCAAGUGCGGAGCAACCUCAAAAGAGUAAAACACCCGUAAUUAACAAUAACAAUUCUCCAGAAUAUAACCAGUUGUUUAAGUUGAACAUCAACCGAAAUCACAGAGGUUUUCGACGAGCGAUUCGGUCCAAAGGAAUUAAAUUCGAAGUAUUUCAUAAAGGGUCCUUUUUCAGAAGUGACAAGCAAGUGGGGACAGCACACUUGAAACUGGACAAACUGGAAUCAGAAUGUGAAGUUAGAGAGAUCAUCGAGAUUUUUGAUGGCAGAAAGCCCACUGGAGGGAAACUGGAGGUAAAAGUGAGACUCAGGGAGCCCCUCAGUGGUCAAGAUCUUCAGACAAUUACAGAAAAUUGGCUGGUCCUUGAACAUUAGUUCUACCUGAGAUCCAUUGGAAUGUUUAAAGAUGUGGGAAGAACGCGUGUAGAAAGAUGCUGCUAGCUGCAAGCACCAAAGAUGUUAAAUGAAUGCACUACUGAACCUGAUGUCUAUUUUGAUAACAGCCAUAGUGCUUAUUAAUAACUUCAAGGCAGAUGUGAGGCUCAGGAGAUUCACUGCUGCAGGGGGUUGUCACUAGUCUACACAAAAUAGACAGAAUUGCCUUAAUGUGGGACUACUAAUGUAGCGCCAGGAUGAAUGUUACAUAACUAUGCACAGUGGUGUGUGGAAAGUUUAGCCCCUU